GAGUCAGCUGACAGUGAUCCAUCCAUAAAGACACCAACACAACGCCCCGCACUGCAGUUUCAACCUUUCUCCAGGCGGCUUCAACCAUCGACAAAAACACCAGCACACUGGAAACAGCGCAGUCAUGCUACUACUAACUCUGCUCUUCGUGUCCUCCGCUGUAGCGACACCUCUGCUCGGCACCGAGCAGUGUGCCCGUGGCUCCCCUUACUGGUGCCAGAAUGUAAAGACAGCAUCUCUGUGUGGAGCUGUUCCUCACUGCCAGCAGAAUGUGUGGAACAAGCCACAGAUGAAAACGGUACCUUGCGACCUGUGUAAAGAGGUGUUGAUGGUGGUUGGGAAUUUGCUGAAAGACAAUGCAACUGAGGCUGAAAUUCUUGGGUAUCUGGAGAAGGUGUGUCAGCUCAUCCCUGAUCAAGGUCUGACUGCUGAGUGCAAAGAGAUGGUGGAUAGUUACUAUCCCAUCCUCAUUGGGGUCAUCACUGGGGAACUGGAGGAUCCUGCUGUAGUGUGCGGCGCUAUGGGUAUCUGUAAAUCUGAGCAGAUGUCCCUAGCCAAGGUUCAGGCCCAGGAGGAGCUCGUAUCCAAUGAAAUCCCUGAGAUGGACCUUGCCCAACGUGUUGCCCCCUUCCUGCUCAAUGUUCCUGAGCUUUUGUAUCCUCAAGAGAACCUCAAGCAGGACACCCCAAAACAAGAAGCUCCAGAGCAGGAUGGUGAUGUAGUGUGCCAGGACUGCAUCAAGUUCCUAACUGAUGCUCAGGCAGAAGCAAAGGCCAACUCCUCCUUCAUUGAUUCCCUGAUUCAGAACAUCGAGCACCAGUGUGACAUGUUGGGACCAGGCUUGUCCGACAUGUGCAGGCAGUAUGUAGGGCAGUAUGGACCUGUUGUUGUCCUGCAGCUUAUGUCCAUGGAACAGCAACCCAAGGAGAUUUGUACUCUUGCUGGUUUCUGUUCUGAUGCGAAGAAGUCCGUUCCCAUGUUGAGCCUUCAGGCUGCAAUGACAGUCCCUGCUGCCAAAACUAUACUGGCUUCCAAGCUUUUCCCUGCCACCAAAGUUGAGGCUGCUGCCGCCUCCAGGCCAAUGGUGCGUGUUCGUGAGUCUCCAACUUGUGCCAUCUGUGAGUUUGUGAUGAAGCAGUUGGAAUCCAUGCUGGAGGAUCACACAACAGAGGAGGAGGUUGUUCAGGUUGUGGAGAAGGUGUGCACAUUUCUGCCCUCCUCUGUGAGUGCUCAAUGCAAAGACCUGAUUGAAACCUAUGGCCAGGCCAUCAUUGAGCUGCUGGUGCAGCAGGCUGACCCUAAGACUGUUUGCACAGUGCUGGGACUCUGCAACGAUGCCAGCCGGGCAUAUAUCGUUGCCCUGGACCAGGCUCGUUUUAAGGUUGGUGGCUACUGUGAGGUGUGCAAGAUGGCAGUGAGUUACAUUGAUGGCAUUCUGCAGAAGAACGCCACAGAGGUAGAGAUCGAGGAAGCUGUGAAGAAAGUAUGCAGCUUCCUGCCUGACACUUACAAAACUGAGUGUGACCAGCUGGUUGAACAGUAUGAGCCAAUCCUUAUCCAGCUGUUGCUUCAGAUGAUGGACCCCGACUUUGUGUGUACAAAAGUAGGCGCUUGCCCUGAAGCUGAACGUAAGCUGCUGGGAACAGAGCAGUGCUCCUGGGGACCUGGAUACUGGUGCAAGAACAUGGAAACCGCUAGACAGUGCAAUGCUGUGGCUCACUGCAAACGUCAUGUGUGGGUGUAGAGAACAACAAAUUGACCUGUAUGAGAAAUAAAAAUGAGAAUUUCUGUACUGCUGCUUUCCACUAGUAAUUCAUGUCUGAUCGGCUAAACCUGCUGUGACGUCUAAAUGAACUUCAUGUUUUGAAUGAUGUGGUGGGAAAGGGACUGGGUUUAGCUUUUUAUUUUUCUCUCCAGUUUGGGAGUUUGGGGGGGGGGGUGUUACUUAUGUGAUGGCCUGAAGCUUGGCCAGUUUUGAUUUUUGUAUUAGUUUCAGUCUUCCAUGUUGCUUGCCAGAUAUUGCAAAUUAAACUUAUUUCACCCCUCCCCCACUAUGUAGAUCAACUUCCUCUUUCUACACAGAACUGACUGCAAACAGGUGAACCGAUGCAUUGUUGUACUGGCUUGUCUUUUUUUUUAGCAGUAUAUGUGACCGCUUUAUCAUACAUUUUCUGAUUGUUCUUGUUUUUAUGAGCUGAUGUGGAGGAGGUUUGCACUCUUCUUAAUUUUAAAAAAAUCUGUCUGUAACGCACAGAAUCUCAAACCUGCUUUGAGCAAACUGGCCCAUUGUCAAUUCAUUUGUGAAUUUAAAAAUUAAAGUAAUUCCACACCAACAUGA